AUGGCCUGGCGGUGCUCGGCCUCGGGCAACGCCGACCUCGUGCGGAACCUCCGCAAGGCCGGGGUCAUCCACUCAGACCAUGUGGAGCAAGCGAUGCUCACAGUGGAUCGCAGCAACUAUGCGCCGCGCAACCCGUAUACAGACGCACCGCAGCCGAUUGGUCACCAGGCCACCAUCAGCGCACCCCACAUGCAUGCUCAUGCACUUGAGCUGCUCUCGAAGCACCUUCAGCCAGGCAUGCGAGCCUUAGAUGUCGGAUGCGGAAGUGGAUACUUGGCCGCGGUGAUGGCACGGAUGGUUGGAGUUGAAGGCAAAGUGGUGGCAAUGGAUUAUUUGUCGCCCUUGGUGGCUUUAUCCCUGGAAAACCUGCGGAAGACUGACGCUGAUCUCAUAGACAGCGGGACCCUUCAAGUAGAACAGGGCGAUGGCUGGAAGGGCUUUGAGAAGGCCUCGCCCUACGAUUCCAUCCAUGUGGGGGCAGCUGCUGAGUCAGUGCCUGAAGCUUUGCUGGAGCAACUGAAGCCAGGAGGUCGUAUGGUCAUCCCGGUUGGCACCACUUCCCAGCAGUUCUGCACCAUCGAUCGGCUGCCAAAUGGCAACUUUGAGCAGAAGAGUCUCAUGGGGGUGAUGUAUGUGCCCUUGGUGCACCCAGCUAGCCCAUGA